UAUAGCUGCAAAGGGUGGACCGACGUCAUAUUGAACCCUAUGAAUUAGGAAUGGGAUGUCACUUACAGUUAGUUCAUAUGCAGGUAAAGGCAAGUGAGCGAAUACUUUUGGCAAUAUAGUGUAUCUUCAAGUCACAACUUUUGAGAUCUGUAAAAAUAUUCUCCAUCUCAAUCUGUCUUCACUGGCACUUUGAGAAAAAUUGGCAUUUCUUACAGGAAUAUUUCACUGAUAGACUUGCAACUAACCACCUUAUCCAUUGUCUUCCUUUCUUUCACUUUGCUUAACCUUGCCCGGCAUUCUAGUGUCCAUUAUCUAUUGGCAUCACAAGCCCAAGUUUCUGAGUAUCUGUUUAGAAAACUUCAAUGCAAUAGCCAUUCUUUAUUUUUCCCAGGAACAAUUUACUGUGCGUUGUUUUUGCAGACCACAUUUCAAAUCCAUUAUUUGAAGAUAUUUAUUUAUGGCAGUGGUUCUUUUUCAGUUUUCCAGCUAUACAUUGCCAUUGGGAAAGGUAUUGCUUUAACUACUCUGAUCUUUAUUGUGAAGAUUUGCAGGCAUACAUAGUGUGUUUUAACUUGAUGAAUGUUAAAAUAUGGAUGAGGUAUGCUUAUGGACUGUUUGUGUGACAUAUUUAAUGUAUGUUUAAAUAUUGCCUAUGUACCAGACAUAGGAAGAAAUCUCAAUCAAGAAAAUCAACAAAGAGAAGAAAAUAGCAAGAAAAAGAAAAUGAGAUAUCUCAAAGGUGUUUUUUUCAAAAGAUCAGCUGCCCUGUUGUAUAUGAUAUCAGAAGUGUGUUUAGGAAAUGUUGGGAAGUCUAGCCACAAUCUCCCAGCCUCUGCUGCAGCCAUUUUCUCCCUGGAUUUGCCAUUUCCAUUAGCAUCUUGAUUUCUUUCACAUUUAUUAUCCCCUUUCUUCCUGCUUCUCCCUGUUUCUGACAUAAACUUUUCUUUGGGCAUCCACCAUGGGGAGAGAAAAGGAAAAUACUGCUCUAAUAUUUUAUGUGGCAAAAAGAAGAAACAUUUUUGUGCAAUUAUGCUGAAACAAAAUAUUCUAAAAUAUAUUUCUGCCUUUAUAUACUUAUUUUGUGUCUAUAGUUGCUCAUGUCAACAUAUGACUCUUUUGCCCUACCCCCACUUAUUUCACUCCAGAAAAUAAUGAAAGGAACUAAAUAGAGCUUUUUCUGUCAUUUGCCUUAUAUUUACAAUCAUCCCACUUCUCCCUACCCCUGUAAAAGAGUAAGACAUGACAGCAAUGUUAUGCAUUGUUUUGUGUCAUUUUAAGGAUAAGAGAGCAGCACUAAAAUCAGUGUGUGUAGGAGGAAGGUCUAACUGGGCAGAAUCUGAUGCCCAGUAUGAAUAGCAGGCAUUGUGUACGGAGAGCAGCAGCAACAUAUAUUGAUAGAUAUAAUUCCAUGUGCAUUGUGAGACCCUAGGUUAAAUAUAAUGGAGAAUGCUGUCCUUAUAGCAGUGCUGAAUGUGAUUCAACUGAGAACUACUUCAAAAAAUGUGGAUUAAGGGAGAAAGCAAAAUAUUUUCAGCCAGUAACUACUUUGCAUGAAAGAAACAGAUUAUAUAUAAGAUUUAAGAAGCUUGUUAAUUUAUUUUUCCUUCUUUUUCCCUUGUGUAUUUGAUUAUCCACCUGUCUUUCUGCCUUGGAACACUCAUCAGUGGGACAUGGAGGUGUGAUUCCUGCUUAUCUGGGAAAGCCAAAGAGGACAGAGGCACUGAAGAGAAGAAUAGAGAGUCAUUUACUCAAAGUCAGGGUGCUGUUUAUGUCCAGAGAACAACUGAAGAUGGGAGGAGAAUUCUUAUCAAAGAACCUCUGUGUGCCCCCUUCAGGCAACCGCUGCCAUCUUUGCUCUCUAUGUCCGUGGCAGCUCCGUCCACAGUACAGAAUGCUGGAACAGAGAAACAACUGAAACUAACCAUUGGUGACAAAUGCGGUAUAUGCCGGAAAGGAGGAGAUGUGAUUUACUGCAAUAAAUGUUUCAGGGCUUUCCACUGGCGUUGCCAUUUUCCUGCCAGCACAGAUGAAAUCAGUGGAAUCCUGAUAUGUAAGUCCUGUUUUGACAACUCUACAGUUAUCAACUUGGAAGGAGACUCACAUUCCAAUGCUCAAACACUACGAGCAGUAAAGGUGCUAGAAGAUUCUGCUGGAACUGAACCUGCAUUGAACAAAGAUGAUUUGGAUUCCCUCUUAGGGGAGAACACGUUUGAUGGGAUUUUGCAUUGGGCAUUCCAGAGCAUGCCUCGUUCAUUAUCAGGCACCCAAGGAUUUUUCUCAUAAUAGUCUAGGUGGGACUAUUUUCCAAUAUCUAUUUCCACUGCUAUUGUUCAGUAACAUUAGAAAUCAUCUCAUUACAGUUCAACACUAUGUUCAAAAUAUGUUUUUUAUGUUUUAUAUAUUUUAAUGUCAUAUUUAUACCAAUAUGAUUGUUUUCUUAAACGUGGUGAUUUUUAAUUGUCAGAAUGUACUGAUAGUGUUUAUUUAGUAACUGUUUACAAUUACAAUGAUGAUGAAAAAGUACCUUCAGACUGAUCUUUGCAUUUACAACCUUCAUGGGUCUGUAAAACAAAAGAAGAAGAAAAAGAAGCUGAAAUAACAUCAUAAGCACAGCUGCAAUUUUAUUUAGUGAUUUAACAAUUGAGUCCUAAUUGUGGUAACUAAACUAGAACUACCUGCUUAUUGUUAAUUCUGUAACUUAACAGGUCAACAAAUUAAAUUUUCUAUUAAUCUCUUGCAACUGUUGGCAUGAUAGUAGUAUCAUAGUAAAACAUUCAGAAAAUCUGCAGGUGGUGGUAGGCACUUAAUUUGCCUUCUGUGGGAGAAAAGUUGGAGACAGCUCAUGAAUUCCUAAUGACUGUGAGAGGCAUUGACCUGUUCCUGGUAUAAGAGCUCAUCACAUUACUCACUUUAGAUGGGGUUUUUAUCUUGGGACAGCCAAUGUGAUCUAUAACUUUGGGACAUUAAUAUUAUGUUAUGCCAUGGUCAAAAAACUUGCAUUCUGUGCAAGUUUAUUUAGUGACCUCUAAAUUUUUGAAUGUUUUGUUAUCAUUUUAUCAUGCCAUAACUUGAUAAGUAAGAUCUAGUGCCAUAUCACUCAUGAAAUAAAUAUGCCUAUCUUACUGGUCUGCCCCAGGCAUCUAAUGGAAUUCCAGGGUGGUGGCUGAGGUUUCAGUAAUUUCAUCUAGUACUUAGACGUGCAUUCAGGACUUUGGAACAGAUGGGCUGUAAUGUACCCUAAAAUUGCCAGUUUUUCUAAUACUGCUCCUAUGUCUAAUAUAAGGAAUUAAACAAAUUACUCUUUUGCUUUCAUCUGCGUAUCUCUGUGCUUUAAAAUAAUAACCUCAUACACAAUCAAUUAAUAAAACAUAGAAUGAGUCCGGGAACUUUUAUUUCAUUAUUAUUUAUAUACUUCAUCUUGUUAUAGUUACAAAAUUUUGAAAUGUCAGUACAUUAGUUUUGAUAAUAGAGAGGGAAAUGGGAAGUUUUGAAAUAUGAAAUAUAAAAAAAAUAAUUUUACUCUCCUGGGGAAAAAACCCCUACUGUAUAAUUAAUACAAAAUUUGAGGUGCUUGUGCCAUGAGGUAUAUUUUCAGCAGCAGUUGUAUUCUUUAGUUUGAGUUGGUGCAAAUAGCAAUAGUGAACUGACAACUGAUAGUAAAUCUCAACUCUGUAGUCAAAUGGAAAUACAUAAAAGGUUUUGAGGUUCUCUGAAUAUUUUUUUCCACUUCUGAAAAGUUGAAUGUAAAAUUAUCAGUUUCAUUCCUUACCUUUGUAAUUUGCAUACAAUUUUCUAUGUUUGUAAAAAAUGCUGAAAUCCAGACAAGUUCUCUGUCAUCAAAAUGUAAAAAAAUUUAUUUAUGUACACUGGCAUUUUGUUUUCUAAAAAUUAUAUUGACAGAUUGGAUACAAGGCUGAUUCAGGAAGUUAGUCCGCAAUAAUUAAAUUAUAAGGUUGGAAGAUUAAUAGAACAUUCCCAGUUUAAACUACGUUUACUGCCAUUAAUAAAUAAUAGAAGCUCUUUGAUAGUAAAAAAAAAGCCAGUUAACUAGUCAGUGAAUGUAAAAUAUUCCCCAUUAAACAUAAAUAAAACAUAGAUGUAUAUAACACAUAUAUUUACAUAUAGUGCUUUCCUGUUUCUUUGCAAACUAUUGUAUUCAUUUAAUUGUAAAAGUAGAUACCUGUGAGGGUAUUUUAAGAUUUUCUGCUAAUAACAUACUCUACAGAUAAUCUAUACAAUAUUUAUUUCUACUUUCUCUGAUACAGCAAGAAGUAGGAUAGUUCUAGGGUCACUUUGCAGGAAUACCACUUGGCUGAAGAUUGUAAUGGAAUAAAAAAGUAUAAUUAUCAGUUCUUGUAAAUUCAUGAGGGAGUGUCAAAAUUCCGAGUGAUGCAUAUUCUAACAAGAUGGAAACUUCUUCAGAGCUCUAACUAACUUUAACUCCAAUAUCCAACUCCUUCAGGAUUA